AACAGUGACGUCACGACUGUGCGGAAGUGCAGUGGAUAUGAUGGCCGUCCUAGACCAAGAAGAAGAGAGUGUUUGUGCCGAGAAGGGAAUCGAGAAAUAGAUUUCACCAUUUACAAUCACACAUUAGCAAACCAACCGUCACAAUAAUUAAUUUUAAACGCGUUUUCCCUACCCCUUGUGUAUCUGGAAUUCCAAAGGAUUGAGUCGCGCGGUCUCCCAGUGGGGGACGCCGGACAAAAUGUCCCUCUUCCAGUCAGCACUUGAUUUCCUGGCAGGGCCAGGCUCCGCUGGAGCCGCCAGCCGGGAUCAAAAUGAUUUCGUAGGACAAACUGUGGAACUUGGAGACAUGAAACUUAGAAUCAAGCGAGUUAUUGCAGAAGGUGGCUUCGCGUUUGUCUAUGAAGCGCAGGACAUCGGCAGCAGCAAGGAGUACGCGCUGAAGAGGCUUCUGUCCAAUGAAGAGGAGAAGAACAAGGCCAUCAUCCAGGAGGUUUGCUUCAUGAAAAAGCUGUCGGGUCACCCCAACGUGGUGCAGUUCUGCUCUGCGGCCUCCAUCGGGAAGGAGGAGUCGGACACGGGCCAGGCCGAGUUCCUCAUCCUCACAGAGCUCUGUAAAGGUCAGCUGGUUGACUUCAUUAGGAAGGUGGAGCAGAAGGCACCCGUGUCAUGUGACACGGUGCUGAAGAUCUUCUACCAGUCCUGCCGCGCUGUGCAGCACAUGCACAAGCAGAAGCCUCCCAUCAUCCACCGGGACCUCAAGAUUGAGAACCUGCUGAUCAGCCACCAGGGCACCAUCAAGCUGUGUGACUUUGGCAGCUCUACCACGAUAGCACACUACCCGGACUACAGUUGGUCUGCUCAGAAGCGCUCCCUGGUGGAGGACGAGAUAACUAGGAACACUACUCCAGCCUACAGGACUCCAGAGAUGAUAGAUCUGUACUCCAACUUCCCCAUCAACGAGAAGCAGGACAUCUGGGCCCUGGGCUGUAUCCUGUUCCUGCUGUGCUUUAAGCAGCACCCGUUUGAGGACGGAGCCAAGCUGCAGAUCGUUAACGGGAAGUAUGUCAUCCCACAGAACGACAGCAAGUACACCGUCUUUCACGACCUCAUCCGGUCCAUGCUGAAGGUCAACCCAGAGGAGCGCCUGUCAAUCACCGAGCUGGUCAACCAGCUGCAGGAGAUCGCUGCCGCACGGAACGUCAACCCGAAAUCUCCCAUCACCGAGCUGCUGGAGCAGAACGGAGGAUUCGGGAACAACGGAGCCCCCCGGGGGCCGCUCAGCAGCCCCCAGUCGCCCCCCCAGAUCAACAACAUCCACAACAACGCAGGUCUCUAUGGCGACCCGGACCAGUCCAUGGGGGGCGGCUUGCUGGACAUCCUGAAGGGCGGGACCGAGCGGUUCCUCACCAACAUCAAAGACACCUCGUCCAAGGUGAUCCAGUCGGUGGCCAGCUAUGCCAAAGGUGACCUGGACAUCUCCUACAUCACCUCCAGAAUAGCAGUCAUGUCCUUCCCGGCCGAGGGGGUGGAGUCUGCGAUUAAGAACAACAUCGAGGACGUGCGCCUCUUCCUGGACUCCCGGCACGCGGGACACUACGCCGUCUACAACCUCUCCAAGCGCUCCUACCGGCCCUCGCGCUUCCACAACCGGGUGUCGGAGUGUGGGUGGCAGGCGAGGAGAGCCCCCAACCUCCGGAGCCUCUACAGCAUCUGUAAGAGCAUGCACCAGUGGCUCAAACAGGACCAGAGGAACAUCUGCAUCGUGCACUGCCUGGACGGGCGCGCGGUUUCCGCGGUAGCGGUGUGCUCCUUCCUGUGCUUCUGCCGGCUCUUCACCACGGCCGAGGCGGCCGUGUACAUGUUCAGCAUGAAGCGCUGCCCGCCCGGCAUCUCGCCCUCCCACAAGAGGUAUAUCGAGUACAUGUGCGACAUGAUGGCGGAGGAGCCCAUCGUCCCGCACAGCAAGCCCAUCCUGAUCCGCGCGGUCGCCAUGACGCCCGUCCCGCUCUUCAACAAGCAGCGCAGCGGCUGCCGGCCGUUCUGCGAGGUGUACGUGGGCGACGAGCGCGUGGCCACCACCUCCCAGGAGUACGACAGGAUGAGGGACUUCAAGAUGGAGGACGGGCGGGCGGAGAUCCCGCUGGGCGUCACCGUGCAGGGGGACGUGCUCAUCGUCAUCUACCACGCCCGCUCCACCCUGGGGGGGCGGCUGCAGGCCAAGAUGGCCUCCAUGAAGAUGUUCCAGAUCCAGUUUCACACCGGAUUUGUGCCGCGGAACGCCACCACCGUGAAGUUCGCUAAGUAUGACCUGGACGCCUGUGAUAUCCAGGAGAAGUACCCCGACCUCUUCCAGGUCAACCUGGAGGUGGAGGUGGAGCCUCGGGACCGUCCCAGCCACAAGGCCCCGCCCUGGGACAGCUUCGCCACCAAAGGCCUCAAUCCCAAGAUCCUCUUCUCCAGCCGGGACGAGCAGCAGGAAAUCCUCACUAAGUUCGGUAAACCGGAGCUCCCACGGCAACCAGGGUCCAGCACCUUCUACGACGCCGAGUCCCCCCCCUCGGACCAGACCGCAGAGGGGUCCACAACCGAGGUGGAGUCGCCGCAGAGCACCGACACCAACGCCAACAACUUCUUCCAGACGCUGGACUGGGACGACGGUGGCGGGCGGCAGGACGUCCCAGAGGGGCAGGGCGCGAGGGAGGACCCGGAGGAGCUCAGCGACCCCUCGGAGGAGGAGUCGUACUCGGCGGGCGGCCCGAGGCAGAGCGAGGACAGCGAGCCGUUCUCCCGCGAGCCCAGCGAGCCGCUCUUCGACGCCGAGUUCCAGAACCUUCCGCCGGAGAGCCGGUCCUGCGACAGCGUGGACCUGCUGGGGUUGAACUCCGACCCCGCCGACACGCCCGCUCCCAACCCCCCAGCGGCGGGAGGGGGGAUGAAGUCCGCCUCCAGCAACAGCGACCUCCUCAACGACCUCUUCGCUCCCGCCCCCGCCCCUGGACCCGCCCCCGUGGCCCCCCCGCCCAGCGACACCGACGACCUGAUUGGUGGAGGGGUGGACGGGGACCUGUUCUUCAGCGCCGCCCCCAGUGCCCCCCCCGCACCUGCUUCAGCCUCCAAACCCAAUGACCUGUUUGACCCGUUUGGGAUGGGUUCCGGAGGAGCGGGCACUGACCGGACCGGGCCGGACCUGUUCGGAGACCUGCUCAGUGGAGAAGGCUCCGCCCCCAGCUUCCCAGCCCCACCCCCUGCCUCCAACUCUGGAUUCUUCAACCUCAAUAAGCAGGCCAGUGAGCCCCCUAAGAUGACCUCGUCCGCCAGCCAGCCCGACCUGCUGGGGGGGUGGGACAGCUGGGCCUCGGGCAGCGGCAGCAGCGGCAUGCAGGCGCCCAGCAAGCCCACCUUCACAGCUCCUGGCGUCUCCUCCUCCGCCUCCUUCUCCAAGGCCAAGUCGCAGAGCUUCGAUCCGUUCGCCGACCUGGGGAACCUGGGCACCACCCUGACAGGUUCCGCUAGUGGGGGUUUCAUAGGUUCAGGGUUCAACCCCAAAGCCAACCCCCCCGCGAAGGGCGGGGGCCCGCGGCUGGCGGGACGUCCCGCUCCAGCGCAGGGCAAGCCCUGGGCACAGCCCAGCGCCCCUCCCAAACCACAGCCCCCGAAGGCCGCCCCCCAGGCCAAGCCCAACUACAACCUCAGCUUCAGCGCGAUCGGGGGCCGCGAGGAGCGGGGGCUCAGGGGCCCCGGAUUCGGCCCGAAGCCCAAGGUGAAGGAGGACGAUUUCGAGGACCUGCUCUCCACCCAGGGCUUCGCCUCCAAGCCGGACCGGAAGGGCCCCCGCACCAUCGCUGAGAUGCGCAAGCAGGAGCUCUCCAGGGACAUGGACCCGCUCAAACUGCAGAUCCUGGAGUGGAUCGAGGGGAAGGAGAGGAACAUCCGGGCCCUCCUCUCCACGCUGCACACGGUGCUCUGGGAGGGGGAGACGCGCUGGAAGCCUGUCGGCAUGGCCGACCUCAUCACCCCCGACCAGGUCAAGAAGUUCUACAGGAAAGCCGUGCUGGUGGUCCACCCCGACAAGGCAAACGGACAGCCGUAUGAGCAGUACGCCAAGCUGAUCUUCAUGGAGCUGAACGAUGCGUGGUCAGAGUUUGAGAACCAGGGUUCGAAGGCCCUCUUCUGAGAGUGGGCUGGCCCGGGUCGCUGUCCUGGGUGAAUCGAGACUCGGAGCAGUCUGGUGCCCCCCACGUUAGGUCAGAGGUCCACUCAUUUUUCGGUUGGUAGGGAAGGUGCUGCGGGUUGACAUUUCCACCCCUCUGAAAGACACUGCCACCUUGUGGGGGGGAGGGUGAGUGUGUUCGUCGGCAGAGGGGGUUUCCAUAACUGUGAGACAAUCAGUGAAUACGAGGGAGUUGCCAGGCAACGCGGGCACCAGCUCCAACCCACUCCAAACGCAGGACUGCUGAUUCAUCGUGGAGAAUCCGGAAAAUUCCAGGCUGAUUAUAGAAAAAACAAGAAAGAAAAAAAAAAAGUACUUCAGACACAACCCAUCGCGUAGCCCGUCAUGAUGGUGCGCGUACGCGUGCGUCACCUGCUCACCUGUGUGUUCUGCUACACACACACCGUGUCACACCUGCUCACCUGUGUGUUCUGCUACACACACACCGUGUCACACCUGCUCAUCUGUGUGUUCUGCUACAGACACACCGUGUCACACCUGCUCACCUGUGUUCUGCUACAGACACACCGUGUCACACCUGCUCACCUGUGUGUUCUGCUACAGACACACCGUGUCACACCUGCUCACCUGUGUUCUGCUACAGACACACCGUGUCACACCUGCUCACCUGUGUUCUGCUACAGACACACCGUGUCACACCUGCUCACCUGUGUUCUGCUACAGACACACCGUGUCACACCUGCUCACCUGUGUUCCGCUACAGACACAGUGUCACCUGCUCACCUGUGUGCUCUGCUACAGACACACAGCGUCACCUGCUUACCUGUGCUACAGGCACACAGCGUCACUGGCUCACCUGUGUGUUCUGCUACAGACAGUGUCACCUACAGACACACAGUGUCACCUGUGUGCUGUGCUACAGACAGACAGUGUCACCUGUGUGCUGUGCUACAGACAUGCAGCAGGACUCUGGAUGUGCGUCUUGCACAGUGCAGCGGCCUGAGCUGAAGAACCCGGAUGCAGACAGCUGCAUUUCUGAAGUAUAACAAAGAUGAGAAGAAAAGGAACAUGUGAAAUUAACCAGGCUGGUUUUUCCUCUCUUUUGUUUCGUUUUGUUUGUCCAUGUGGAGCAGUGCAAAAAAAAAAAAAAGAUUUUUAUUUUUUGUCUUUUCUGUCUGUGAUAGUUUUCUAUCGCCGUAGUGUAAAUAUUGUGUUGAUAAUGUGGUUCAUUUGGAGAGGGUUGCUACUGAGCCACUGAUUGGACCGCUGGGUUUGUGACUCCGCCCACCUCCUAAUGACACCACGCCUUCCUCUCUCUGAUCAUAAGCUUUCUUUAACAUUUCCACUUAACUUCGCAGUGAAUGUCACGGGGACCCGUACAGUCGACCUUCUGUAUUACCCACACGCAGGGGUUUCUGUGUAAUCCUUGCUAUGGCCUUCAAGUACCCUAGUAUUUUUUUUUUUGUUUUGUUUCUCUUCCUGUUAUAACUCAUGGACCAAUCAAAUACUUCUAUUUUAUUUAUUUUGUGAAUCAAAUGUACAAGGCAUUUUAAAGCAAAAAUAAAUAAUAUAUAAGUUGAAUGUCUGAAUGAAAAGUGUCUCCUGAGCCUGUAGUUCUGAUUGGUGGGCAUCAUUCCAAAGCAUAUUUAUGACAUGAAUGUGCUUUUAUAUGGACUAUGCUGGUUACACAUUUAUGUUUGCAACCUCUUUUCCUUUGCUGAAAUGUGAUUAGAUACCUCUCUAAGUAUGACAGGAAUACGUUUCUCACACAACCUUGCAGUAAGCAGCAGCGUUUAUUCCACCUCCUGAUCCACUGAAGAACUAGUGGCAUAGGAACUCUAUGGUCCCUAUGAUUCCUGACACUUUAAAUGGGCUUUUGUGCAGAGCAGCAGGCUUAUAAUGCAUCAUAGCAGCAGUUUGAAAUGAAAAACGAAAAAACUACGCAUACCUCUCUUCACCAAACGUGUAUGUACUAAAAUGUGAAUGUAAGUUUCAGAACGAAAAAAAUGUUGUGCUGAUGAAGGGUCACAGACCAAAAUACCUCUUUGAGGGGCGCAAAGCAGUGCAGUGAUGGGGUUAUUUUUGGGGUUGGGGUAUAAGAAGGUGACUGAGGUGAAGUACAGGUGUUCAUCAACUACAUUAUCUGUCGGUCUGCCAACUUUAUACUGGUCUUUUUCUUUCCACUUGGUGUCCCUCCUGGGUUAAACCUGAAUUUUCAAUACGGUGGAAGUUGUUUUUUUUUAAUGUAACCUCUGAGUAUAAAGGUAUAAUUCCCACCUUAAUUUAGACAACGGGUUGCACAUACGGCAUACUGAAAAACUUGUAUUGAAGCCUUAAAAUAUAAUCUGAAAUUUUUCUAUCCAGGGUAUGGGACUCCAGAACACAGCACACACUACCAUGGUGUUAUGUCUGUGGAGGUGCUUACUGAGACAUUGUGUAGAGCGCUGUGUGGACUGCCAGGCGAUUAUUCAGUCAUCACAGUAAUACCAGACAGACGUGUCAAAGUUGGGGAAAGAGGAGCUUCUGAUGUGAUCGGUAUUCUUUGUGGUCCACUAAUGCAGAUUACCUAAUGUUAGAGACCAGAUAAUGUUUUAGUUCACACUUUAUGCAACCUAUUAAAAAAAAGCAAACUAUGGAAGUUUGAAACAUACCCAUAGAUUAACGUCAUGUACUUUAUGUCUUUCUUUCCAUUAGUGGAUUUAAGGAAUAAAUAUCCACUUCAGUUUAUUUUUUCUUGUUCUGCUUGCCUGAAUUUUUUUUUUUUUCAGUUUUUUUUUUGUGUUUGAUGUUUUAUUGGGACACUCGUAUAGACCACUGUGCGAUCUUCCGUUGUGUGUUUAGGUAAACAUAGGAUUUGUAAAGACUGGAGAAAUUAACCCUGUCAUGGAUCCAUCGAUGAGAAAAAAAAAACUUUAAUAUUCCUGCUUCUGACACGUCUACUCUGCUGGGGAUGUGUUGGAAUGGAACAUUGUGAUGCUGAAGUUCUUGCUAACAUUUACAGAAUGACUCACUGUUUACUUUCUGUCUUGCUUACGUUUUUGAAAAUGGACUUAAACCUCAUUCUUACAUUAGUCGGCUGUAGAUGUGAUUUUUUUUUAUCGAAGAGUGAUGAAAAUGUGGUUCCUCUAUAAAUACAUUGAGUGUGUGUAUAUACACUGGUAUAGGGUUUAAACUAUAUUUCAUGAAAGAUCUCUGCCAAUCUUGUAUAACACUUAUGACCAAUAAAACACGAUCAAGACA